CGGGAAACAGCUGAGUCCAGCCCUACUAAGGAAACCGUAUCCUUUAUAAACUUAAAUAACCAUAAAGUGUUGUUAAAAGUUGUGCCGAUAAAAAUACGCGGACCUAAUGGUGUGUUUACGUCAACUGCAUUUUUAGAUGACGGAAGUAGUAUCAGUCUUAUCAGUAAAUCGCUCGCCGAGCGCGCCGGCCUGCGCGGGCGCACUGAGACUAUGCGAGUGAGCGGAGCGUGGAGAGAUAGCGAUUUAGAGUGUACUACUACAGUUAUGUCUAUCGAUGUAUCUAGCCUUAAUGGUAGCGAUGUUUUUAAUAUCAGUUUACGAGCUGUAGAUAAUUUGCAAAUACCUGAGCAGGACUUUAGGUCCAUUGAUUGUAAUAAAUUUGCCCACUUACAGAAGUUAAAAGACAAAUGGUCACCUAAUCUAAUUUCUUGUAAACCUGAAGUUUUAAUUGGGCAGGAUAAUUAUGAUUUAAUUAUGCCGUUAGAAAUAUGUAAAGGUAAACCCUUUGAGCCGUUCGCUACGCGCACUGUCUUAGGUUGGUCCGUCCAUGGGAAGAUGCGCGCCCCGCACGGCCGAUGCACCCGCGCCGCCCACAACCUGCUGAUAGCGGCGGAGGGCGCCGGCGCGCCCUGCCCGAGCGCCCACGAUGACGCGCUCCGCGACCUUCAUGAGGAAGUAAGGCGUUAUUUUUCUAUUGACUCUCUAGGUGUGUGUAACAAGCCUCGUCAAAACAGCGAUGACGUCCGUGCCUUAGCCCAAUUAGACCACACGACGACCUUCGCUGACGGCAGGUGGCAAGUAGGUCUGCCGUGGCGCGACGAGAACAGCGUGAUGCCUGACAGUUACCCUAACGCUCUAAAUAGGUUAAAGGGAGUUGAGAAGAAAAUGGCUGCAAACAGUGAGUAUGCUCAAAGGUACACGGAUCGAGUAAAUCAUUUGUUCCACAAUGAUUUUGCAAGGGAGGUCAGUGACCCGCGAUCCACUUCCCCUCACACAUGGUACCUACCUCAUCAUGGGGUGGACAAUUUAAAUAAGAAAAAACUUCGUCUUGUUUUUGAUUGUGCCGCAAAAAGUAAAGGUACAUCGUUGAACGAUUACCUACUUCAAGGUCCCGACCUACUCGCGUCCCUAUUCGGCAUUAUGGUACGAUUUAGAGAGAAUAGGUACGCUGUGGCCGGGGAUUUGCGUGACAUGUUCCUAAGGGUCAAAAUACGACCCGAGGACCAGGACGCACUUAGGUUUUUAUGGAGGACUGACCCUAAACAGCCAGUCAAAACGUAUGCUAUGACGUCACUAGUGUUUGGCGCUAAUUCGUCCCCUUUUAUCGCCCAGUACGUAAAAAACAGGAAUGCACAGCGUUACGCGUCCGCAAUGCCUGCUGCAGUUGCUGCCAUCUGCGAGCAACACUACAUGGACGAUUACUUGGACAGUUUGCCAGACGAGGCCGCAGCUAUAAAAAUGGUAAAAGACGUUACUUUUAUUCACAAACAGGGCGGGUUCGACAUGUGCAACUGGACAAGUAACAGCGAGGCAGUAUUGGACAGCGUGCCGAAAGAAGCCUUAGGCAAUGCAGCCUUAAGGUUCAAAUUAGAUCAACAGCAAGAAGGUGAGAGAACGCUUGGUCUUAUCUGGUACCCCGCUACAGAUGAGUUUGGGUUUGACUUGUCACUCAAACGCAUACCUAGCGAUAUAGUUAGCGGUAAACAAGUACCUACUAAAAGGAUCAUGCUUCGUGUAAUAAUGUCGAUAUUCGACGUGUUUGGUUUCUUAUCUCCAUUCACUAUUCAAGGUAAGAUAAUGCUACAGUCUUUAUGGCAGUUAUCCGUCGAUUGGGACGAAAAUAUUCCAAAUAAUAUUUUCGCUAAGUGGAUUGAAUGGAUUAAUCUUUUAAAAGAAAUGCGUUAUGUACGUAUACCUAGAUGUUACUUAAGUCCCCUAGGAUCAAACGGCCUGGGUAGCCGAGCGACGGCAGGGUCGCCGGGCAGUGCUACGACGCGCGUAGCCGAUGACUCCUCCCCCGCGCGGCCCGCGACCGCCGCACCGCCUGCGCAUACUACGCCGCCACCUACCUAUGAGCCGCGUAGCAACGCUACGCCAAGUACGCCGGCAUCAACUACGAAUAUUUAUUAUGGUAAUAAUUUAGAGAUGCAUAUUUUUUGCGAUGCGUCUACCAAAGCAAUGUGUGCAGUUGCUUAUUGGCGCUGGAUUUAUAAUAAUAAAAUAUGCAUCGCCUUUAUAGCAAGUAAGUGCAGAGUCUUACCCGUGAAACCUUUGUUGACUGUACCUCGUGCAGAGUUACAGUCCGCUCUUUUGGCAGCGAGACUUGCGGACAGUCUACAAAAGGACCACAGGUUAGUGGUACAGCGCCGCUAUUUUUGGAGCGAUUCCACCACAUUCCUUCACUGGGUUAAGAAUGACGCGCGCAAUUAUAAGACAUUCGUAGCAAACCGGUUGGGCGCUAUUGAUGAGCUCACGCGCAGUAAUGAAUGGCGGUACGUACCUACUAAAUUGAACGUUGCGGAUAUUGCAACGCGCGAGACUUAUGACGACAGUCUCUUCCAAAACGAGUGGUUAAAGGGCCCUUCGUUCUUGAGAAGCGACGAGUCCUCCUGGCCGCUUAAUAUUGUCGGCCCUGCAGCUGGUGAACCUGAAAGGUCAGAAAUUAUAAAUAUAAUUAAUGACUUAUCUGCUACAUACUUACCUGUAUUUAAUCCGGAGCGCUUUUCUUCGUGGUUGCGGCUAUUGAGGAGCACAUAUCAUGUGUUAGUAUUCGUGCAUAAAUGUCGAAAGCAGACUUACGAUGACUCUGAGUUGAUGCGGCGAGCCGAGCUGCUCCUGGUGCGACAGGCACAAGAAGAGUGCUUUGGCGCGGAGUUAGCUGCGAUUAGAAAAGGUAUGAGUCUCGAAAGAAAUAGCCGAAUACUUACCUGGUCACCUUACCUGGAUGAUUGUGGAGUCCUACGCUGCGGCGGCCGUAUUAGUGCCGCACAGGGUGUCAAUGCUGAUACAAAAUACCCGAUCAUUUUGGAUGGGCGGCACCAUGUGACGCGAUUGCUCGUUAAGCAUUAUCACGUAAGGGCUGCGCACGAUUACCAGGAAACCGUGGUUAACAAUCUUAAGGAAAAAUAUGCAAUCACGAGGAUAAGACCAACGGUUAAACAUGUAGCUACUAGAUGUAUGUAUUGUAAAAUACGUAAGGCGCAACCACAUGUACCUGUAAUGGGUGAGUUACCUCCAGGUCGAAUGGCACAUCACCAGAGGCCAUUCACACACUGCGGCCUCGACUUGUUCGGCCCAAUGGAGGUGGUGGUCGGCAGAGGACGCCAAAAGAGGUAUGGGGUCAUUUUUACCUGCCUCACUGUAAGGGCGAUCCAUUUGGAGAUCGUACAUUCUCUCACCACCGACUCUCUCAUUAUGGCGUUACGGCGUAUGGCGGCGCGUCGAGGAUGGCCAGACUGUUUCUACUCGGAUAACGGUACCAACCUACGGGCGCUGAUACCGAGUUGAAACGCUCUGUGCAGGAACUCGACAACAAAGCUGUCAAUGACUUUGCAUUGACCAACGGUUCGAGUUGGAAGUUUAUACCUCCCGCAAGUCCCCAUUGGGGUGGGGCAUGGGAGCGACUCAUACGCAGCGUUAAGAAAAGCCUUAGCGUUGUCCUUAAAGAGCGGGCACCGAAGGAUGAAGUUCUUAGCACUCUUAUGGCGGAGGUUGAGAAUAUUGUGAACAGCCGCCCGUUAACCCACGUCUCCGUGGAACCAGGUAGCGACGGCGCUCUGACGCCGAACCACUUCCUUCUCCACUCUUCUCCUAAUACCCCCGCUUUGGGUGCCUUUGACGAUUCCGACUUAUUCCUUCGGAAGCAAUGGCGGAAGAGUCAAAGGCUAGCCGAUAUGUAUUGGCAGAGGUGGGUAAAGGAAUACUUACCGGAGCUACUCCCUAGAAGGAAAUGGAACAAUGAGCAAACUCCACUCAAGGUAGGAGACUUAGUUUUAGUUGUAGAUCCGGGAGCACCACGCAAUGUGUGGCCGAAGGCAGUCGUCCAGCAGGUAUUUCCAGGUAGAGACGGUCGGAUCAGACUGGUCGAAGUAAAAACUAAAUCUGGCGUCUUUAAACGGCCUGCGGCGCGCGUCGCUAGAAUCCCUUUGGUUAAUGAGUGCUGAGCCAGCACUGGGGUGGGGCGUGUUAGCGACGUGCUCAAAAUGGGUUUUUCUCUUUAUUUUAAUUUGUUUUAAUAUGGUGGUACUCUCAUAAUCUGUACAAUGUUAGUUUUAAGCUGAAAUUUGAAGGUAAAUAUAUAUACGUGUGACGCAGCGACAAGGUUCCAACGGGUUUUGUUUUUUGACCACGCGUCAGUCGGCUUGUCUAUCCGCGCGCGACACACGUACAUAUCGCUCUCAUAUAAAAUUCACGUGGUGUCUGUAACUUUUGGAAAUUAAACUGUUUUUCGUAAUCCGUA